AUGUCAUACGAGUUUUGGUCCGUUGCGGUGGAAUGGCGUAAGGAACACAGGAAACGUAGCAAUACAAUUGGAAAGUACAAAGUCUCGGCCUUGAACGAAAUAGCAGAUUUUGGCCACAUAAACAAGUACAGCCGAACUUUCCUACAAGUGACGAGGCAACGCUCUGUAAGAAUGUCACUGGACCUUAACAAUUACUCAUGCUCCUCUAUCGGACUUUUCCUGCCAGCCAUUAACGAAUACACAUGGAGUACGGGCACAAGAGCCUUUCUUUACCUGGCCGGGAUGCUAUGGUGCUUUUUGGCAGUUGCCAUUAUUGCGGACAUUUUUAUGUGCUCCAUUGAAAGAAUUACCAGUAAGACUCGCAUGGUGAAAAUCGCUGACAGUGACGCGAAGGAUGGAUAUCAGGUGUUGGAAGUAAAGGUGUGGAACGAUACUGUGGCCAACCUGAGUCUCAUGGCGCUAGGCACAAGUGCUCCGGAAAUCAUGUUGUCCGUUGUGGAAAUUAUCAAAAACCAAUUUACUGCGGGAGAACUCGGCCCGUCCACCAUUGUGGGCUCUGCUGCCUUUAAUCUGUUGUGCAUAACUGCUGUGUGCAUUGUCUCCAUCGAGAAGGGUGAAAUCAGGAAAAUUUCGGCCAUCAAAGUGUACGGUGUGACAGCCUUCUUCUGCAUUUUUGCGUACGUCUGGUUGAUCUUAGUACUAAUGGUGAUGUCUCCUGGGGUAGUAGAAUUAUGGGAAGCCAUCGUAACCUUCCUCUUCUUCCCAGUGCUCAUCCUGGUCGCUUAUGCCGCUGACAAAGACCCGUGUUGCCGGAAAAAUAAAACAACGGUUUCCAUGGAAAUUGGCUUAGGCUCUGAGUUUCAAGCGGCCAAUCAAACUGGCAGACGGAGGUCCUCGGUGUGCAAUGGCAGUGCUGAAAUCAUAGAGUUAGCUAAGGAACUGGGCAAAAGGCAAGAUCUUACUGAAGAGGACGCAGCCAUGUUGGCUGCAGCUAAAGUUGCUGAGACAAAAUCCCAUACGUCCAACUGGUACAGGAUAAACGCAACACGUAUGCUCACAGGUGGUGUUCGAAUAAAGCCGAAAGUCAGCGAAAAAUUAAAACCGCUGUAUGAGAGUCUUCCUCCUGUGGAAACGCUGGAACACCGAGCGUCCAGAGCCAGCCUCUCUGGAAUUGAUAUCUCAGAUGGCGGGAUCAAGGCAGUGGUAGAGUUCACGGCCGCCUCCUGUGCUGUCCUCGAAAACGAGGGUAAAGUGAGGAUAGGUAUCCGCCGCUACGGCAACCUAUCUCAGCCGGUAUCCGUCAGGGUGGAAACAAUUGACGGAACAGCAGAAGCCGGAAGUGAUUAUAAACCCGUCAAAGAAGUGAUAAAAUUUGCUGCCAAAGAACAGCUCAAAGACUUGUACGUCGACAUUAUUGAUGACGAUAUUUGGGAACCGGAUGAGUUUUUCUUCGUCAAACUAAGUUUAGAGCCAAACCAGAAUGCCGUUCUUGGGAAAACAUCCAUCAAUCAAGUGACAAUUGUGAAUGAUGAUGAGCCGGGGAAUUUCGAAUUCACCAAGCCCAGUUACUUGGUUAAGGAGAGCUCUGGUAAAGGAAUAGUAGUCGUCCAGAGGGCUAAUGGGGCUGAUGGAAAGGUCUCCGUGUCAUGGAGAAGCAUAGACAUGUCGGCCAAAAACGGCACAGAUUUUGGCGGAGGAGAGGGCGUGCUAACAUUUGAACACGGUGAGACCAGUAAAGAAGUGGAGAUCCCGAUAUAUCCAAGUGAUCUAAAAGAGAGAGACCAGAAUUUCCAACUGGAAUUGUUGAAACCAACUGAUGGCGCUCAGAUCGGCAAAAUUAGUCGAACAAUAGUGACCAUAGUCAACGAUGAAGAAUUUAACGGUAUGGUUGACAGGAUCACUAAUCUGGCAGUCCGAAAUCUGGACACGCUGAAGUUAGACACGGCGUCCUGGGCGGAGCAGUUCCGAGCAGCGCUCAAUGUUAAUGGCGGGGACCUGGACAACGCUGGCUUCCUGGACUAUCUCAUGCAUUUCUGUACAUUUUUCUGGAAGGUGAUUUUUGCCUUCGUGCCCCCUUCGUCCUAUGCUGGUGGUUGGUUGACGUUCGUUAUUUCAUUACUUCUAAUUGGUGUGCUCACGGCAAUUAUUGGCGACUUGGCCAGUGUCUUUGGCUGUCUCCUGAACGUUCCCGAUAGCAUAACAGCAAUCACGUUCGUCGCCUUAGGAACCAGCAUGCCGGACACGUUCGCCAGCCGAGCAGCCGCCAUGAAUGAAAAGACGGCGGAUAGUUCCAUCGGCAACAUCAAUGGCAGUAACUCAGUGAAUGUGUUCUUGGGACUAGGGUUGCCUUGGCUUAUCGCCAGUAUAUACUGGUUAGCCCAGGGCAAGUCAUUUUUGGUACCUGUAGGCGCUCUGGGAUUCAGUGUUGUCAUCUACACUUGCGCAGCAGUUAUCGCCAUCUUGAUUUUAAUGAUUAGGCGUAACCUUCGCUUUUUUGGAAAUGGCGAACUUGGUGGUCCGUUUUGUUCAAAAAUCUUUUCUGCUAUUCUGAUAUUUACUUUGUGGAUAGCGUACGUUGUCUUGGCAUCACUUAAAGCGCUUGACAUUCUACAUGUUCCAUUUUGA